UCCUGCAGCCUCGGGAGUAGGUGCCGCGCGCCCGCCCGCUCGCCCGCCCGCCCGCCGGCCCGCCGCGCGUCCGGGAGCCGGGGCAGCAGCCCUCUGGCCGCCGCGCGCGCUCCCCUCCCCGCGCGAGCUCCCGCCGCGGCGCCCGCCGCAGGCCGAGGGCCGCCACCCGCCGAGCACCGGGCAGGAGCGCGCGGCCGCCGAGCCGGGCAGCGCUGGGGACGGCGCCUUUUGUCCCCGGAGGUCCCUGGAAGUUUGCGGCGGGACGCGCGCGGGGAGGCGGCCGAGGCAGCCCCGACGUCGCGGGAGCCAGCGCGCCGAGCCAGCAUGGGCAGCGGGCGCGGCGCUGGGGGCCGCCGCUGGGCCGCCCCGGGCGUGCUGCUGGCGCUGGCCGCCGGGCUCCUGGCCGCGGGCUCGGCCAGCGAGUACGACUACGUGAGCUUCCAGUCGGACAUCGGCUCCUACCAGAGCGGGCGCUUCUACACCAAGCCGCCGCAGUGCGUGGACAUCCCGGUGGACCUGCGGCUGUGCCACAACGUAGGCUACAAGAAGAUGGUGCUGCCCAACCUGCUGGAGCACGAGACCAUGGCCGAGGUGAAGCAGCAGGCCAGCAGCUGGGUGCCCCUGCUCAACAAGAACUGCCACAUCGGCACCCAGGUCUUCCUCUGCUCGCUCUUCGCGCCCGUCUGCCUCGACCGGCCCAUCUACCCGUGCCGCUGGCUCUGCGAGGCCGUGCGCGACUCGUGCGAGCCCGUCAUGCAGUUCUUCGGCUUCUACUGGCCCGAGAUGCUCAAGUGUGACAAGUUUCCCGAGGGCGACGUCUGCAUCGCCAUGACCCCGCCCAAUGCCACCGAGGCCUCCAAGCCCCAAGGCACAACUGUGUGUCCUCCAUGUGACAACGAGUUGAAAUCUGAAGCCAUAAUUGAACAUCUCUGUGCGAGCGAGUUUGCUCUGCGGAUGAAAAUAAAAGAAGUGAAAAAAGAAAAUGGCGACAAAAAGAUUGUCCCCAAGAAGAAGAAGCCUCUGAAGCUGGGCCCCAUCAAGAAGAAGGAACUGAAGAAGCUUGUUCUAUACCUGAAGAAUGGGGCUGACUGCCCCUGUCACCAGCUGGACAACCUGAGCCACCAUUUUCUCAUCAUGGGCCGGAAGGUGAAGAGCCAGUACUUGCUGACGGCAAUCCACAAGUGGGACAAGAAAAACAAGGAAUUCAAAAACUUCAUGAAGAAAAUGAAAAAUCACGAAUGCCCCACUUUUCAGUCGGUCUUUAAGUGAUUCUCCCUGGGUGGGUAGGGGAGGGAGCCAUGGCUUGGGGUGAGGGGCGGGGCUGAGCAUACAACCCUGGAGCCUGGAGGUCUGUGCUCACUUCUCCUCUGGUUGGUAGAGGACAUUGUAAUCCAGCUGGCUUUGCUCUGGCAGCUUCCCCACUCCAUCCCCUCCAUAGCCACGCUCCAGACCCCAAUACCGCCAGUAUUUAAAGCCGCAUGCGCAGGUAAGGAAAACCAUUUAGAUUAGGAAGUCUUUUAGGAUCUACCGUGCGGAACAGCACAUCACUGAGGAAAAGUAGGUGUAAACCAUUUCAACCAGGCACAGUUACUAAAAAAAGAAAAUUUUGCCAGUAACAAAGAAACCAACCAAGCAGCCAACCAAGAAAACCCAAAACCAAAAAGCAAAGAGACUGGGCAAAAAGUGAGAGAAAGCAGCAGAAAAACUAAGUUCUGCAACUUCGUGUCGUCACAAAUGGCUUGUGGAUCUAUCAGCUCAUCUAUGCCUUUGAUGUGUCACUUUCAGUUCCAGAAACUUCUGUCUCUGUCUACCUUACUCAGAAACAAACACACACCACAUUUACAACUGAAGAUCAAAUCCAGAAAGUUAAGAGCAGGGAAGAAAAGCACCAGGACAGCAUGUAAUAGUGAAAACACAGGGAGGCCGUGUCUGCCCUGCCUCUCCACGUGAUUGGCUUUUGAUCUGAAUCAGCUAGUCUCAGAUGCCAUGUAAGUGGCAGUGAACAUCAGCCUCAGUGCAUGAUCUAGCCUCCAGACAUGCGGAGGGCGGCACGUGCCUGCCUUUGUGUGAGGAAGAGGAAACACCAAACCCACGGCAUGAGAGAGACCAUGAUUUUCAGCCUGAGAAGGCAAUGGUUAGUGGUUUUCGAAAAACAUAACGAGAAAACAAAGAAAAAAAAAAAAUCAGGAACAGCCCAGCAAAUUGCCAGUCAGUGUGAACUGUAAUUGGGUGAAGAGUUUAGUGUUCAAUUUCAUCUGCUUGCUCAUUUCACUUUUGUGUCUGUUUUUUCUUGUUUGUUUGUUUGUUUUUUGUUUUUUAGAGGACAACGACAAAAACCCUAUUUACUUUUCAAUGUUUUAUAAAAGAAGUCAACAUUAACAUUUGAAAGGGGUGCUGGGCUGAGUGAGGGUCUUUUGAUGCAUUUGAGGCUACUUUCUAGCAGAGCAGCUCUCUCAUGGGGCAUUUGGGUUGGGAGGUGGAUUUGCCUGAAAGCAAACCACAAGGUCCUCUUUCCUGAGGGGUUCUGGGUUGCCCCGGACCCAACCCAGUGCCUGUCAGAACCCACAGUGCUUCCCGUGCUUUUCUUUCCUGUGAAGAAGUGGAUUCCUUUAAACUUGACUGUCUAUAGAUCAAAGAAAUUCAGAACAGCCAGACUGCCUGUCCUCCUUACACUUAUAACAAUUUUUUAAAAAAUUUCUGCAAGGGAGAGUUAGGUCAAAAAUGUCCCCAUCCAAGGAGAGAGUUUCAAAGACACCACACAUCUCUUCAGGUUUCCCUGACUGCCCGAAGAUGUUUCUUAAACCCCUUGUGUUUAAUAAGUGAUGUACAUAAGCUCAUUCACAGAAGCAACUUUACUCCUCCUGGUGAGUAUAUAAAAAGUCAUUCUAAGCAAUUAAUGUGAAUUUGUUCCUCAAGCCUGAUUCUUAAUUCUCUGUAACACCUGAAGGUGGUGAGCUAGUGGUUGUCCUUCUGGGCGAAUGUUUAUACCCAAUCCAGAAGCUGCAGGGGGGCUGGGAUGUGUCACCCCAUGGCCCUGGAUUGACGCAGAAACAGUGGAAGAUUCUGUUAACUUCUGAAGGCUCCUGUCUGAAAAUAAGCAUGCCAACUUCAUUACCUACCUGAGGGUGAUCCUGAUAUAAUUAACCUCUCACCAUUAGUGAUCCUAUUAUUUUAACACUUUUGUUUUUUGGUUCUCUCUGACCUUUAAUCAUAAAGUGUUGGGGAUCUUAAGUGAUUUGCCUGUAAGUUUGGAUGAUUUUUAAAAAAUGUGUAUAUACAUUAGUUAAUUAGAAAUAUUCUACUUUACUAUUGUUAACUGAAAUUCAGUACAAUUUCGUGAGUGCAUGGUUCUGGGCCUUAGUUUUGGUUGAUUAACUCAAGAGUUCAGUGCUUAUAUGUAUCUGCUCAUUUUGACAAAGAGCAUCAUGCAGCAGGCGUCUGUCCAAAGCUGGGCCUCGGCAAGGGUUUUGUGUGGGGCGUUAGCUGUUACCACAGAAAGACUGGAAGAUUAGGCGGCCAUGCUGUGCAGCUCUCUACAUGCGAAUCCUCAGACGGGAAGUGACAUUUUCGGGACGAGUUCAAAAUAAAUUGGAAAUGUGAACUGCAGCUGCACGUUUUACCCCAACCAUACGGUCCCAGGACUUUUGAGUUUGACUGUGGAUUUGAGAUACACACUCUCUUUGUCUACAACUCACCAGCAAUUUGAGGAUGCAAAGGGAGGCUAUGAGCCCAAAGCAGCAUUUUUAUCACAAACCCUGUUUUUCUCAACAAAGGGUAGAACAGAACCAAUGUGUAGACUAUUGGCUUGGUCAUCGGUUUCCAGAAGAGGAGGUCUGUAUGUAAUUUGUAAUUAUUGCUAGGUCAAAGGUCCUAUUUGUAAAGGUGAGAAGUAAUCGUGCUGGGUAGGAUCCUGUGACGUCAUUGGCAGAGCUCAGCUCAGUCUUUGAAGAUUACUAGUUCUCUCAGAAGAUGGAAAGUGAGAUGAGGGCUCCCCCCCCAAACACUUUACCUUUAGAAUAUCCCCUGUGACACUUGGCUCAUGGUCCCGAUGCAUUAGCACCAAGGUCUCCUGGAGGCAGAAUCCAUUCAGAGUUCUAGUUUUCACUUGGAUGUGUGCAUUACAGACCCCCGUGCCCAAAGCUAGAAUGUGUAUUUCUCAUCAGACUCCAAGUAACUCGUUGCUCUGUUGCAAAUUCACAGCUGUCUUCGAAGCGCACCUUGGGUAACUCCCAUGGAAUAACGUAGUGGCCCUUCUGAUCUGUCACCAGCGGAUACGUAGGGCUCAGAUGAAACUCCCGUUUCCCCUAGUCCCCUCACAUAGAGUCUAAGUCUUUUACAAAAGCUUUGAAUACUGUGAAAAUGUUUUACAUUCCAUUUCAUUUGUGUUGUUGUUUUAACUGCAUUUUACCAGAUGUUUUGAUGUUAUCACUUAUGUUAAUAGUAAUUCCCGUAUGUGUUCAUUUUACUUUCAUGCUUUUUCCUGCCAUGUAUCAAUAUUCACUUGACUAAAAUCACUCAAUUAAUCAAUGA